UUCAUCCACAAUAUUUCAAUGUUUCAGCCACAGUUCUUGCUAUAUCAAGUUCAUCACACUCUCACUCUCACUCUGACUUGCAACUACACCCCGUGUCACCCCGCACGUCUUCUAAUCUGUGCAGUUUGGAUCUUUACCCAGUAAUUUCUGGCUAGACAUCCCUGCAUCCAGCAUCGAACGCUUGCGUUUAAUUCCAAUACCGGAGCACCCUCUAUCGAUCAACGUCGAACGUUUGCGUUUGAUCACACGAUAUGUCUGAGAGACGCAAGUCCUCUUACAAUCACCGCAACGACUGCGCGCCUUCCGGCAACCCCAGGCCCAAGAGAACGGUCAAGGUACCAAGAAUGUCGGCAUCCAACGACACCCAUGCUUGGCAAUUUCCUGAAGAACACACGAAAGACGAAGAAGGAACCUCAUCAGAGGCCUUGCCGUGGGGACAGGAAAAUGACUCAUGGGCGAAAGAAAAGCCAGAAGCGUCUUCUGUCCCCUUGCCUUGGGGACAGAGCCCAUGGGAAGAGACUGGUUUUCCUGCCAGGCGACCCAAAAAAGCUCCUCUGAUCGUGACUGGCGUUGCGCGGCCAGGAAAGUUCUGGCCAGAUGGACAAGAGCCCAUUACGCAUAAGAAAAUGCCAAAACGCUUCUUCAAGACCAGCGGCAAAGAUCAUCCGCGAAUAGAGAUUACUGGGCAAAGUGCCGAAAUCGGGCGAAUCAAGAAUAAACCUCGCUCGUCGGAAACAUUUACACCUAAUACCGGCGACGUGGUGCUCUACCACGACUAUUCAGACUACGAGGACCCUGAAGAUGCCUUAUUCGAGGAUGUAGAUAUCCUUGACGGCGUGCAUAUCCAUUCAGGUAAGGCACUCGCUCGAUUCGGCAAACAAGCCGCCACAAAUACAACCCUCGAUGAUGACGACGACCACGUGGAAGUUCAUAACGGAAUCACGGUGUUAUCUGGUAAAGCAGCGGCCCUAGUUUUCCAGCGUUCACCCCUCCACCCCACGUGGUUCUCCCUCCUCGAACAGUCGCAUGACCCCAAAGCGGCAACCUUCGACAAAACGGCGGACGAGUGGAUUAAUAAGGGCAGAAGAUUCCCGCCCAAUGCUACAGCCACUCCCUACGCCCUCCAGCAGCUCUGCCAGGCGAUUUUGACGGUCCCAGAAAGGAUGUUAACUCUGGCACUCCCUCCACACGACAUCUCGGUCCAAGAAUUAUUCCAAUUUCACAUUGCUCCCAUCGACAAAUGGCAAAAAUCACAAUUCAUAAAUUUUGAAUCUCACUUGCCUACAGACGAGGUUUUCCACACCAAAGAACUCCCUCGCAAGUCAGACGUUGAACGUCUUCGUAAUGACUUCGGCCAGGCGCUUCUGGAUGGGAUGUGCUCCAUACGCGAUCCACGCAUUCCAGACAACCUAUAUCCUUUAUGGACAAUCGAAUUCUGGUGGCGGUUGCACCACAUAAACGACAUUCAGGGUGAAUGGGUGGCUGCGAGGGAGUGGUUACAGCAAAGAAUGGCAGAACGCGUGGAUGUGGAGGUAUUCUACGAGGCAGAGAAGCAGCUGCUCAUCCUCCCUCAUGACAAGCCGUUACACGGCCCGGCCGCGCUUCCUGGCAGAACAACUCAAUCUUUGGUCCUGUUUCUAUCCGAUGACAGGUGGUUAUCAGACUCUCUGAUCGAUAUGAUGACAGCAAAUCUCAAUUCACGGCUGGGAAUGGCUAGACGGCAUGAUGUGACCAUCGUCUCAACCCACUUUUCUGACACCCUCCUCUUGGCGCGUGAUAUCUCGUACCACAAUCAAAAGUACGACGUAUUGGAGAAUAUCAAAAGGGAUGUCAACAUAAAGAGAUAUCUCUACUUUCCCGUGCAUCUUCGUGUAUCGAAACAUUACAUCGCGUUUGUAAUCGACUUUCAUAACAGAACCUUUGCCUAUGGCGACUCUCUUGAUCCUAAAUCUCGGCCAGAACUUAUCAUAAAUAAGCUACAAUGGUGGUUCUCCAAACGUUUCGACGGAGAAUUCAAGGAUUUAGGACCUACUUUGUCUCAUGGUCACCAGGUGGAUUCGUCUUCGUGCGGGCUUUUCGCUAUCAACACCAUCGAGCAUCAUGUCUUUGGAUGCACGCUGGGUAUUCCCAAUCCCGCCUCUGAGAGAGCCAGAUGGUUCGCUCUGACAGCAGGAGCCCAGAACCGAGUUCCACCCGUCUUGCCAGAGCGACCAAUGGCCUCGCUCCUACCCACCCAAGCAGAGGGCUUGUCAGACGCCAUUCGUCGAUCUGAAAUGAAACAGUCAUAUCUCGCAAAACAGGCACAGCGCCAGGCCGAGCGGCAGAAACUUCAGUGUGUGGUGGAGCGAUUAGAGGGUGGGUGCCAGAAACUCAAUGAGGAAAGAAUGGAGCGAGAAAGGAUGGAACAGGAACGACUCGAGCAAGAAAGGCAGGGGCAGGAAAGACUGGAGCAGGUACGACUCGAGCAAGAACAAGUCGAGCAGGCGCGACUGGAGAAAGAACGAUUGGAGCAACAAAGCCUCGAACAGGCACGACUCGAGGAAGAACGACUGGAGCAAGCACGGCUCGAGCAAGAACAAGUCGAGCAGGCGCGACUGGAGCAAGAACGACUGGAGAAAGAACGAUUAGAGCAGGAACGACUCGAGCAGGAGCAACAGUCCAAGGUGGACCAUGAAAUGUACGAUGUCGUCAUGACAGACGACACCCAAGGAUUGGUAUACGACAGCGACAAUGGGAUGGAUGCUGAUUUAUACCGCAUCCAUACAGUGUCGCAGGGAAAAGGAAAGGCGGCUGAUACCAAUUAUCACACGUGCACGCCCAUUGCUCCUGAAGCUCGCCGUAUGCGUCGGAGCUCCGUAUCACCCACUCGCUAUGCAUCAUCAUCCUACAAAGAUUAUCACUCUCGUCGACCGGUCUCUCCUAGAUCGUUGUCAUACAGGGACUAUUGUUCGUCUCAGUGGGACUGCGCAAUUUCUCACCGUGGUCGUUCGCGUUCCCCUGAGCGUUCAACUCGCCGUUAUCGUUCACCAUCACCUCUUGUAUCUGCUCAUCCUGUUGCAGGUCCUUCAACCCCAGUCUUGCAUACUGUUCCACCAAUCCCUGGCCCUUCGUCUUACCCAUCACAACCGUCGCCUCCUGUGAACGUCACACCGGGUACAGGUUUAGACCAGACGAGUCCUGGGCCUGCUAUGGACACCACGACAACCCGUUGGAUCAUCGAUCGAGCACCAUUCCUUGGCCUGCCCAACAAUGCCCCCACAUCGGUGUCUUUGGAAAACCCCUUCUUGCAGAAUCGCCUUCUGCAUCUCAUAUCUGAUCCCCCAUCUCACUUCUUACACCUGGUCGCUCGUGGUAACUCCAUAGUCUCGAAGAGAACGGAGAUAAGACUGCGCCUAUGGGGAAAUCAGUAUCCUGAUGCACCGAGAGGGUUUUUCGCCACCCGCUGUCUCUCCCGGGGGAUCGACUGGCAAGUCUUCGUCGACCCGCAUGAUGUAACUGGCCCUCGUUACAACCUCUGUGCCCCUCGCCCCGCCUAUUUCGAUUGUGUUUACCCACCCCUGUACAAUAAUCGAAUCACAUCCCUCCAGAUUUACGAGGACAGAGUCCGGGAAUUACUCCUCCGUCCGUACGCCCGGCGUUUCCUUACAAUGGGUGGUAUUAUAUGGCGCAUCGCACUGCACUACGGACCGGAUCAUCUCUUUGCAGCUGCCCUGUCCGGGCCAUCUACCGAUGCUUACGUACAUGGCAACGUUGAGCGUAAUGGCACGCACGUAGAUGACGCGGUGUUCCCGCAAGACAUCCAACUUCUUCUGGGCGUCGCUGUAGACAUGUCUAGUUUAUGGCCUCCCCUUGAUAUCUUUCAUAGGUACCAGAAGUGGAAUGGAGAGUGGACCCCGCAAUGGGAGACAUGGUUCAUGACUCGUAUCGCCCUGAUACACAACCGGGAUUUGAGCUCAUUCGCUCCCCGAAGUGAUUGGAACGUUAUCUAUCGUCGACAUACUAGGGUUAAGUUUAUUUUACCUACCACGGAAGGCACUGAGGCUCAGGCAGACGCGUUGUGUAAACAACUUGACUCAAUGGGAUCAUCCCCGACUUAGUUCCGUCCAUUUCCUUUAGUCAGCUCAUUUCUUAAAUUUUUCGUUUGUGUCUACACUUAUACAUCACAUAUGGAUGGACAUUACAUAUAUCACGGAGUUGUACUUUCAAUGAUAGCCACUGCAGACAGUGCAAUGUAUUAUGUAAAUUAAAAGCUAAACGGUCUCUCAAGUCUCAGAAGUUGGCCGCAGCAGUGGG